AUGUAUUUCACUCGAGCCCUGCCCCCCCCAGUGACGACUACUUCUGGGGCCAGCACAGAUACACGUGCAUACCGCCGCGGAACUGCCUGGCUGCGACUUGAGGAAGUUCGUGAAGCUGCCGCCUGGCUCCCAGUGGGCUUAGGCGGCGGCGACGAAGCUCUUGCAAUCACCGAGGAAGAUCCUGAUCGUGUUGUUCAUUUUGAACAGAUUCGACCAGUACUGCUUGACCUUGGCUUGGCUGAGCCUUCUUAUAGUAAAACACCGGCUGAGGAAAUCCAGCGAAGCCGACGAGCAAGGAGUCUUAAGAGACGUGCCCUUCUCUUAUUCCUUGAGUUUUUGGGCAUCUACGAUCCUGUCGUCGCAGAGGCCUACGAUUUACCUAAAGGUCAAAAUGACCAUAGACUAAUUUUUCCUGAGUUGACAUCCUUUGUGUUCAUUGCCAUAAUUAAUAAAGAGGAGAUUCGAAAUAAUUUGCUAGACUAUAAGGGAAAUAAGAAUUAUUGGAACAGAUUUAUGCCAUCCCCUUGA